CUUCGCUUUGUGAAUACUUUAAGUAAGUUGUGCAGACUACGCUGAGACCAUCACCAUGGCUCUAUUUUACAGUCUUAUGAAGAUUUUGCUUUUGGGAAGUAUAUUCAUUUGCAAAUCUGACUCCUGCACCAGUCCACUUGGAAUUGAAGAUGGAACCAUUCCUGAUAACCAACUGACAGCUUCAAGUCGAUAUAACAGUGACCACAAGCCUCACCGCGCUAGACUACACUCAACAAAAGCCUGGGCAGCAGGCAGCAAUGACGGGAAUCAGUGGAUACAAGCCGAUAUUGGUGCCUUGACUGAAAUUACUGGAGUAAUCACACAAGGCCACUACAGUUAUAAUGAAUGGGUGAAAUCUUAUGAAGUUCUUUACAGUGUUGAUGGCAGUAACUUUAACACAAUAAGUACAGUGUUUACUGGAAAUACAGAUCGAGACACAGAAAUCACAAAUAUGUUCCCGACUCCUGUAAACGCUCAGUUCAUUCGUAUUCGUCCAAUCAGUUGGAAGACUCACAUCAGUUUGAGAUUUGAAGUUCUUGGAUGCCUAGAUGUUGAUGAGUGUGCCAGCAAUCCAUGCCAGAAUAACGGUGAAUGUGUGGAUGGUACAAACCGUUACGACUGCAACUGUGAACCGGGGUGGUCAGGCACAGUAUGUGGCCAAGUGCUUGCGCCAGACCCUACAACUCCACCUAUGGCGGCAUGUCCGUUUGGUUGGUUGCGCAAUGAAGGGUCAUGCUAUUACUUUCACCCUGGUCCGGAAACCUUUGAUAAUGGACAAAGAAUUUGCAGAGAACUUGAUUCCGGGUUGGUCGUAAUUAAUUCUGCAGAAGAGCAUGAAUUGGUGUAUUCUCAAAUGGGCACUAAUAUCUUUUUCGGCUUACAUGAUCGAAAUAUCGAGGGAUUUUUUGAAUGGACAGUUGAACGUAGCCGGUGGAGUGACUACCAACCUUGGUUAUUGGGUCAGCCUGACAAUAAUGGCGGGAUUGAAGAUUGCGGACAAUUACGCUCACAUGCAUACAAUGAUAUACCCUGUACGUUUAGUUUGGGUAUAUGUUGUGAAAGAGAACCUUACCUCAUCAGCGACCCUGCGGAUGUCUCUAACGUAUAUGAUCGACCGUUGAAUCUUGUUCAAAUGAUAAAAAAAACGAACAUAGAAGAUAACAUCGCGGUAGUGAUAUUAUGCUUUGCUAUUGGUGACAGUGCUACAGACAAUAUAUUUUUCGGUAAAUCGGUGUCUUUAGUAAGUUACCGCACUCAUGGAGACGAGGUUCUCCCAUCUGCAACAACUGGAGAAAACUCUGAUUUCCCUGAUAACUUAGAAGCUCGUACCAAAGGCUCAUAUUAUAGAAGGUAUUUAAUUCCAAAAACAACAGGAGUUGAGCGUUACGGAGAAUUCUCAUGUCGUUCAGAGGUCAAUGGUCAAAACACAGUUAUUCAUGGCAUCACCUAUAUGAAUACUGCAAACAUUACGGUUGAUGCAACUAAAAGAACUGUAGUAAUUGGUUUGGGAGAAACAGUGACGCUGACUGUUGAUGCAACAACAGCUGAAAAUCUUCGUUGGAGACACAAUAACAAAUUUAUGUAUGGUGACUCAAUGCAUAAUGUGAUGAGUCUUACUAUUACGAAUGCUCGUCGAGAAGAUGAAGGUGUGUACGAGUGUUAUUAUCAAGGAGAACGUCAUAGAGGAGCACACGCUUUCAUGUAUCUUUAUGUUACAGAGUGUCCAACGUCUUAUUGUGGUAUACCAUCAUGUGGUCUACAUUGUCCAAUUUGCUACAAUGGUGGAGAAUGUGAUGCUAGAUCUUGCACCUGUAUUUGUCCUAAUGGAUUUGCUGGGGAGUUUUGUGAGGAAGGCAAAAGUGAUCACUGCUUUGGCAUUGAAGGAUGCAACUUUUAUUACAAAUACAUUGAUAAGAGAACGUUGUGUUACCCACCACCGAUUGGCUGCAGUUGUCUAUCAGGAUUAACAGGCAUUGAAUGUGAUGAAGAAUGUGUAGCUCCAAAUUUUGGAACGAACUGUAUGCAGACAUGUCAUUGUGAUUCCGGCUGCAAUACAACCAUUGGAUGUUCUAACUCAUCAAUAUGUUCUUCUGGGUUUACCGGACCUACUUGCUUAGAAUAUGAGGCAGACACUCCCUGUCCAAUUGGAUACUUUGGAGAACAAUGUCAUAAGAAAUGUCACUGUGACAAUCAGGAAAACUGCACUAAAACUGAUGGUGGAUGCGAGACUGGAUGCGAGAUGGGCUGGGCAGGAGAAGGCUGUCAAAUAGCUUUACCAGCCCUGUAUGACUCACCAUGGAUUGUGGGUCGUGAAGGUAAUAGUGUAACUAUCAGCUGGAACAGGUGGAUACAUGAUCACGAUUUUGGCCUUGGUCCAGUCGUCAACUAUAGGGUCUAUCUAUGGGACUCGUGGCACCCGGCACCUGAUAUAACGCCAGCAUUAGUGGGCGUCACAAAUACAACAACGUGGGAAGUGACAGGAUUGCAGCCGUCUUCAGAAUACUCAGUCGUGGUUCGACCUACCAAAAAAGUGAACAAUUUUCUAGUGGGUGGAAAAAACAGUCCCAUGCUUUGGAUCCCAGUGUAUCAACAAUGUGAAUCGGGGUGGAUGAGUUAUGAAAAUCAAUGUUUUCAUGUUGUUGAUACAAUGAUGUCCUGGGAUGAAGCUGACACAUACUGCAAGACAAGAAAAUCACAUUUAGUUCACUUCACUUCCGUCAAAAUCAAGCUCUUUGUGCUGCAUAUGCUGGAAGUGCAACAAAUCAGUUCAACUAAUGUGCUGGUUGGAAUGAAUGACAAGGAUGACGAGGGCGCUUAUUUCUGGGAUGGAUACAAUUACGCUAUCAGAACACUUUUUACGGAUACACCAGAUUGGCACUAUAAUCUGACGGAUACACCUGAUGCUGAUUGUAUUGUUGUAUAUGUUGAAGAUGACUUUUCUCUACAGAAAAUUGCUUGCAGUGCUACUGAUAUGGGAAUACCUGUCUGUCAACAAAGCUCAACUCCACCUCGAAUGAUUGCUCAUGAUAAUUCUUUCUAUUACUUUGACACAACACCAUUAAACUGGGAAGUAGCAGAAUUUAUUUGCUCUUAUAAUGGAGGAACGUUGGUGGUGAUUGGCUCAGAGGAGGAGAAUGAAUUUGUGAUGCAGUCAUUUCAAGACCUAGACACAGAUGUCAGUCAAGUUUUCAUAGGCUACCAUCAUAGAAAUAUUGAAACUGUGUUUGAAUGGUUCGGAACCAAUGAAUGGAGUGUAUAUAAAAAUUUCAUGGCCUCCAAACCUGAUGGUAACGGUUUCUGUGUUGCUCUUUCUGUUGACAACGGAGAAUGGUUUGAUCUGCCUUGUAAUGAGCCUGCUGCUUUUGCUUGUGAAAUGAGCUAUGUAGAAUUUCUACCAGUCAAUGUGUCAACAUCAGAUUUGCCUCGCCUUGAAGCUAAUCCUCAAAUUGAAGAAUCCUUUUCUAGAACAUAUUUGAGGUGGGAUGAUUGGACAGAAGGGGUUGAUCAAGGGGAAGGUCCAGUAGACAACUACCGUAUCGUCAUGUACCUAUCUGGUUCUAGCGACGAGUAUGCUGUUAUUGGGCAAACUGCAAGUAACGAGACAUCUUUUGAGACAACGGACUAUAAUUCAGCAGUGGUAGAUAGGCCAAAAUUUGGAGUCAUGGUUGGAAAAAGGGUCAGGCCUUUCAAGGUUUUAUAUGGUAAGUUUUGGUUAUGCUGUGUCCACACUUCUGUGACAAAUUUGUGUGAUGUGCCCAUAUAUGGGCAUGAUGAUGUCAUUACACCCAAAUAAGAGCAUACACAUUUGUUAAUGUGUACAGAGCUAAGAACCUCAAUGUUGCUUACAGUAUAGAAACAAAUUGUAGUAAUCUUGAAAGAUCCGAUGAGGGCAGUAUGGUAUAUGCAGUAAAUGAUAUUUGCCCUAACGGACACCCAUACAAAAAAGAUUAAUUUAUAUUAAUCUCAGCCAAGUGUUUCUAGAGCUCCUCAUCGGAGAGUAUAUUAGCCCUAACGGCUGCCCAUACAAAAUAAUCUAUUCAAUGAUUCAGUAAUCAUUCAGCCAAUUGUUUCUGAAACGCCUCAUCGGAGCUAAAAAUAACUUGUCCACUAUAUUUUUUUAACACAUAGGCCUACGUACACAUUUAUACUUAUUGAUACACAUACUCAUAUUUAUACUUGCAUACAUGCUGUACUGUUACCCAUACACACUGAACAUACUGUACUAUAUUUAUGCCUAUUUUUGUCAGUAUUCAGAUUUAGAUUCAUGUAUAGGCCUACACAUAGUAAGAACACACAUUCAGUUAGUUUAUCUUGUAGCUUAUUUAAAAUUAUAACACUUGAAUUAUUUGUAUAUACAAAAUGUAUGAAUAUUAUAUGUUUAUUAUAUAGUAUAUUAUAAAAACAAUAGUAAUGUAAUACUGAUUGAUAUGAUUGAAUGAAUGAAUGAAUAUACACUAUAUUAUAUGUUUAUUAUAUAUUUAUGUGUAUAUUUUUUAGUUUUGCCUAUUGUUACGUGUGGGUCAAUAUUCCCCCCAUGCUCCCCCAAAUGAAAUUUUCUUAAAUUUCAUUGAUUAUAUCUUUUAAAAUAUGCUUUUUAUUCUAAUCGUUAUUAUAUAUAAUUAUGAAUUUGUCUCACUGACUGAUCCACAUUUUAUGAUACAAUCACACUUUCUUUUUAUGUAUAUCCAAUAUGUUUUAUUCUUCACUUUAAAUUCAUUAUGUGAUUAAUAUCAGUUUUCUUAUCUUGCAGAAUACUUUCGUUUGGACAUACUUUCUAGUUGAUAUCACCAGAUUGAUUGUAUAAUAUGAUGUCACCUUAAUAUUUGUACUGUAAUAUAUGAGUAUUACAGUACAAUUAUUAAGGUGACAUCAUAUUAUUGUACUGUAAUAAUAUAUGAGUAUUCAUAAAAUAUGUUAAUUGGGAAUGGACCUUUUUGCGGUGUUAAUCAAACUAAAAAACUGACCAAUCAGACAAGGGCCAGGAAUACGCGCAUAGUGUAACAUGCACACAUAUUGUACCACAAACGCAUGUUUGUUUUGUUUGUUUGUUUUUUAUUGUUUUUAAAACAAUUAAAAUUAGAAUUAAUUAAACGGUAAACAUUACAAUUAAAUUUAAAUUUUUUAAACAAAAUCAGAUAGAAAAGUGGGGUAAGAGGUCAAAAUAAGUUUGUAAAACAUGACCAUCAGUUAAAAUAAUAAUAAUACAGUAAUAAUAAUAAUAAUAA